AUGAAUGCGACAUUCAAAUUACAGAGGGCAUUGGCUGCCCAGCGCCUUAGCCCUCAACGAUCGACGAGGGGCAGCAUAUUCAAACACGCGACACAAUGGCGCUCUUAUUCAACUCCACUGGCUGCCACCGAUGGGACACUGCCCCUGCAGGGUAUUAGAGUGCUUGAUAUGACACGAGUCCUCGCUGGGCCAUAUUGCACACAAAUUCUCGGGGAUCUAGGAGCCGACGUGAUCAAGGUGGAACAUCCUGUGCGGGGAGAUGAUACUCGAGCGUGGGGUCCACCGUACGCCAAAUACAAGCACGGUGCAGACAAGGAGGGCCCUGGCGAGAGUGCUUACUAUCUCGCGGUCAACCGCAAUAAGAAAUCGAUCGGUCUCUCGUUCCAGCACAAGUCCGGCGUUAAUAUUCUACACCGGCUAGUCAAAGAAUGCGAUGUCCUUGUCGAGAACUACCUUCCAGGAGGUCUCAAGAAGUAUAAUAUGGAUUACGAAACACUCCGGAAAAUAAACCCUAGCCUGAUCUACGCGAGUAUCACCGGGUAUGGCCAGACCGGGCCGUACAGCAACCGCGCUGGAUACGAUGUGAUGGUGGAAGCCGAGAUGGGAUUGAUGCAUAUCACUGGAAGCAGAGGUGGCGAGCCUGUCAAGGUUGGUGUGGCCGUCACAGAUUUAACAACUGGGCUGUAUACGUCCAAUGCGAUUAUGGCUGCAUUGCUCGCGCGAGCACGAACCGGCAAGGGGCAGCAUAUUGAUGCAUGCCUAAGUGACUGCCAAGUUGCAACUCUUGCCAAUAUUGCAAGCUCUGCUCUGAUUAGUGGAAACAAGGAUUCAGGGCGUUGGGGUACCGAGCACCCAUCCAUUGUGCCAUACCGAAGCUAUCCAACUCGCGACGGGGAUAUCUUGUUUGGCGGCGGCAACGACAAGUUAUUCGGCGUGUUGUGCGACCGGUUAGGUCACCCCGAAUGGAAGUCGGAUCCUCGAUUCUUGACCAACAGCGACCGCGUGAAGCACCGACCGGAGAUUGACGGCUUAAUUGAAAACUGCGCCAAGGAAAAGACCACGCAGCAGUGGCUGGAAAUCAUGGAGGGCAGUGGAAUGCCCUAUGCUGCUGUCAAUGACAUCCAAGGGACGUUAAACCAUGCACACGUCCAAGCGCGUGGAAUGGUCACCGAAAUCGAUCAUCCAACAUGCGGUCCCGUCAAAUUAGUAAACACGCCGGUCAAGUAUUCCCAUGCAACCCCUGGCGUACGAACGCCUCCUCCCACCCUCGGACAGCACACCAAUGAGAUUCUUGCAGAAAUGCUGCAUUAUGGUGAAAAGGAAAUUUCUCAACUGAAACAGGAUGGGGUCGUAUCAUAG